AUUAGUAUCACUUACAAUGUUUAAACCUUUUAAGACAUACCAGUAAUUUUGAAUUUGUCAAAGGUCAAAAAAACAAAAGAGCCGAUAAAGAAGAGUCUCAAAGGAAGAAUCCCAAAUUACACUCCAGGUGAUGCGCACAUCAGUUUUCGUGCGCACACGCGGCGGUGCACAUUAGCCCCAACCAAUCAAAAUCAUAUAUCCCGUUCUCCGGCGACUCUUCGUCGUGAGCUUCCGUCAUGGCCACAUGGAACGCAUCCUCCCCUGCGGCGUCUCCUUGCUCAUCGAGGCGACGAACGAAAGCUCCAGCGAGACGCCCUUCCUCCGAAUCUCCACCACCGAGGAAGAUGAAAUCAAUGGCUGAGAUAAUGGCGAAAUCUGUCCCUGUGGUUGAACAAGAAGAAGAAGAAGACGAAGACAGCUACAGUAACGUCACCUGCGAGAAAUGUGGUUCUGGAGAAGGAGACGAUGAGCUUCUUCUCUGUGACAAAUGCGAUAGAGGCUUUCACAUGAAAUGCCUUAGACCCAUUGUUGUUCGUGUCCCCAUUGGAACUUGGCUUUGUGUCGAUUGUUCCGACCAACGACCUGUAAGAAGGUUAUCUCAGAAGAAGAUUUUACAUUUCUUUCGGAUUGAGAAGCAUACUCAUCAAACAGACAAAUUGGAAUUGAGUCAAGAAACUAGAAAGCGGAGACGAUCUUGCUCUUUGACAGUGAAGAAAAGAAGGAGAAAACUCUUACCUUUGGUUCCAUCAGAAGAUCCUGAUCAGAGGCUUGCACAAAUGGGAACACUUGCUUCUGCAUUAACGGCAUUGGGUAUCAAAUACAGCGAUGGUUUAAAUUAUGUUCCCGGAAUGGCUCCUCGGUCUGCAAAUCAAUCCAAGUUAGAGAAAGGUGGGAUGCAGGUGCUAUGCAAAGAAGAUUUAGAGACAUUGGAACAAUGUCAAUCUAUGUAUAGACGAGGAGAAUGCCCUCCUCUCGUUGUGGUAUUUGAUCCGCUUGAAGGUUACACAGUUGAAGCAGAUGGUCCUAUUAAGGACUUAACAUUCAUAGCUGAAUAUACAGGGGAUGUUGAUUACUUGAAAAACCGAGAAAAAGACGAUUGUGACAGCAUCAUGACUCUCCUUUUAUCAGAAGAUCCUUCAAAGACUCUUGUUAUCUGUCCAGACAAGUUUGGAAACAUAUCUCGCUUCAUUAAUGGCAUUAACAAUCACAAUCCGGUUGCUAAGAAGAAGCAGAACUGCAAAUGCGUGAGGUAUAGCAUAAACGGCGAAUGUCGAGUUCUUCUAGUGGCUACACGCGAUAUAUCGAAAGGGGAAAGGCUCUAUUAUGACUACAAUGGUUAUGAACAUGAGUAUCCUACUCAUCACUUCCUCUGAUCUUUCAAUUCUAACAGUUCUACAGAGUCUCUAGAUCAGAUGUUCUUUUUGUUGCCAUAUUACAGGUCAAUUAUAAAUGUAGGGCUGCUGAAUAUAUGGCCUUUAAUUAUGAAGUUAGCGGUAGAAUAAUUGGAUUUGGAAUGACAUUACAGAGAUUAAGAUGUGGCAAAUGUCAAUUGCUGAACUUUUGUUUGAUAUCAAAUGAAAUCCUAACCUUUUUCUUAUA